UCACAAAGGACGCAUCCAACGUGUAGGCUGAAGCACCUUUGAGGCUCUCGGAGUGAAGAUCGACUUCUCUGCGAGCGUCAUCUUGACUGUCGGAUUGAUCCAUUCCGCCGCGCCUGCUGCUGUAGCUGCCGCAAUGGCGUUCCAAUCACUAACAAGAUCAGCAGCCUAUCGACAGAGGUGGUCCCUCUCAGCUUUCGUCUAUCUCCUUGUGCCGCUGAUCUCUGCAGAGGCGCUGCGGCGGCGGCCGGCAUCCCUCCCUGCAGCCUUUCUACGACCAAUUCGUCGCUUGCACAUGCCUGCAGCGCAACAUGAUGCUGCCAGCCCGCUCUCGAGGUCUCGUGUUGAUGGUGCACGUUUGAGGUUACUGAGGCGGGACGUGCGUGCCUUUGGUAAGGGGUUUGGCGCGGAGGAGCCUGCGAAGAGGGAGAAGGUGAAGCGGGACAAAGCCGCAUCAAGUGGAUCCAUUCCACGGGUACGAUGACACGACGACAAGAGGGAGGUGAGUGUACGCGAUGCCUGUGUGUGUGUGUGUGUGUGUGUGUGUAGGUGGAUGUGACAGUCGCGGAUGGCGGCAACUCGUCUGUCGUCAUGAAGUUCAAUGUGCCGUCAUUCCUCGUCUCAGAGGUCAGACACCCUCUCGUUUCAAGGCGAGCCCAAUGGACAAUGAAUGCCUCAUGUAUGUGUCUGUCUGUCUACGUCUGUGUGUCCAGUAUUACGAGCGGUCGAUCAGCACGUUCCAGCAGGCCAUCAACCACUUCAAGAAGACCGAGGCGCCGAGGCAGCUCGUGCUCGACAAAGUGCCCAGGGAGAGCAUCAUCAGGAAAAUGCUCGAUGUGGGCACAAUCACAAUCACACACACACACAGAUGUACACAUGGCCACAUCGCCAUAUUGAUCCGAUCGAGUGCCUGGAUGGAUGCGACUGCAGCUGCUUUGUGUGCAACUGGUCAAGACGGCCAUCAAACAGAAAGACAUCCAGGCAAUCGGAGAGCCGCGACUCCUCAACGUAACCCAUACCCCACCCUACCCACCAACGAGCACACACAGCCCCACCCGCCUCAUUCAUUGUGCAUGUGUGUCAUCACUCAGCCGCUGGAGGAGGUGUAUUCAACCUUCGCGCCAAAUGAGGGUCUCACGCUGGACAUCAAGAUGGAUGUCUUCCCGACAGUCAAGUUUUCCAAGUCAUGGCGCGACAUCAAGGUGCGGGUCGCCAAGCCCCCCGUACCGCCCGACGCCGCGUGGAAUGAAACCGUCAAACAGCUCAAGUGAGCACAUUCCCACACGCAAACACACCCGUGUGCACACAGGAGUCAAUGUGUGUUAGGUCCAUUCACGCGGUUCCUUUCGAUUACGAGGACGGCAAUCUGUUGCGCCGGGCCCAGUGGGGUGACAUGGUGGAGGUGGAGCUGCAGGAGUGCUAUGCGCGGAAUGAGACAGGUGAGGUUCUGAACGAGACCAUUGAAAUGGGGCAGGACUACCAGAAGGUCGUGUCUGUCAUCCUCGAGAAGGGAUGGAACCCCAUGGGCCUGUGCGAAGGUGACUCUAUGACACGGAGAGAGGAGAGCCCGUUUUUGCCUUCAAUGCGCUCUUUUCCUUCCCUUCAUUGUCAGGUCUGAUUGGCAUUAAGGUCGGUGACACUCGUCCGGUCAAUGUCGAGCUGCCCGCCCUGAAGCCUAGGGAAGGCUUUGUGGAGGACGAGCAGCAGCAACAGGAAGAGGGCAAGGGUGAGGGCGACGUCAAGAUCAACCACGACUUCAAGGACCGCUAUGAGUGGAUUGAGGAGAUGGGCUUGCGAGCCACCAUCCCGGUGCAGAUGAUACUCAGAUGUGUGAAGAUACGCGGAAGGAAACAGCCAGAAGUAGACGGUGCGCACCGACAUACACAAGCACACACCCCCAAAUCGUCCCCCCCUCUCUAUGUCACACAGAUGCCUUCAUGCGCGAGCGAACCAACACGACGCUAGCCGAGUUCCGGUCGAUGAUCGAUGGCCAGGUCGACGAGGAGCUUGAGAAGCGAGCAGUCAAGGCCAGGCGGGGCGCCAUCCAGAAUGAACUCUCCAACAUAGCUGACUUCGAGAUCCCCGAGACCAUGAUCGACCGGCAGCUGGUAGAAAUGUUCAAUCGACGGCGAGAAGAAGAGAAAAGGCGGGAGGAGGAAAAGCGGAAGGAGAUCGCGUUGGAGACUGGCGAGGAAGAGGAGGAGGGAGAGGAGGAUGAGGUGAGUGAGGACGACGAUCCCGACGCCCUGAUGAACAAGUUCGCCAAGUUCAAGGAGGAGAUGAGGCCGGUGGUCGUCAGGCAGGUGGCGUCGUCACUCAUACUGCAGGUGGGUGGUGGGUGUGAUGGGUGGGUGGGUGGCGUGACAUGCUGCUAUGUAUCCGUUUGGCCUUUCCUGUAUGUAUAUGUGCAGACGAUCCGCGAGUCCGAGAAGAUUCCCCUUGACGAAGAAACGAUAAGGCGGCAGGCCAGAGAAGCGAAGGAACGGGUGAGUGAGCCCCAUCCACCCAUCCACACACACACAACACACACAACACACACAACACACAUACACUCCAUCCACCCAUCCCUGUCUAUGCGCGUGUGUCCGUCAGGCACCUGAGUUGGAUGAGAAGAUCCUGAGAGAGCGUCUGACGGCCAUGCAGCUUCACGACCGAGUGCUGGACUUCAUCGCGUCAACGUGCAAAGUCGAGUAUUAUGUCGACGAGCGGCCCACACGACUGAGGGUGCAGAGCGGCGACUACUCGAUGGAGUCGGUCAUCGACACCGUGCCCGGUGUGGUGCCGGGGCCGGGGAGGCUGCGGGGUGACAUUGAGAAGCAGAUCGUCAAGGGAUGAGAUGACCGGGUGCGGUGUGCUGUGUGGGGUGUGGCUGCUGCGUGUGAGAGAUGCGAUGCGAUUUUCUUGCCGCAUUAUCUUAUCGAGGCAGGCAUGUGGCUGGGUGGAUGAGAGAGAGAUAGGCUUUUUGCGUGUCUAGGCAGCUGAGCUACGGCAGG